AAACCACCCCCCUGAAUCCCAGCUAUAUUUUUUUUAUUGAAAAAUGACUUCUAAAGAGACGACGCCUAGUCAGCCGCAGCCGCAAGGAAAGGCUGCUGCGGGGACCCCCGGCCCCGCAUCAGACCCCACGACGGCGGCGGCGGCGCCGUCAUCGUCGGACCCUGUGCCUGAGCAAACCAGCGCUAGCGGACAAGCCAGGGAUGUCCCGGCUCCUCAGGAAGCAAUCGCGCCUGCGACAGGACAGACCGACACGGCCGCCGGUGCGGGAACCAGCACUGCUGCAGCGGCGCCCCUCGUGGCCGCCGAGGACAAUACGGAUCCAGGAGAUGUGCUUGAGGCUGAUGAUGUUGUGCGCGAUGAUGAUUCGGCCCUUGACGUGGCUUCCUUUGGCGGAGAGAGCGCUUCUCUCGCAUCGAGUAUCUUGAAAUACCGUGUCGAAAACGGGCGAACGUACCAUGCAUACAAAGCAGGGUCGUACGUCCUGCCAAAUGACGAUGCAAACCUGCAGCAUUUCCUUUGUUUCCUGACCCUGGAUGAUCAAUUGUACAUCAGCCCAGCCGGCAGGGAUGGCAGACAGAUUGGCAGGGUGCUAGAUGCUGGUUGUGGUACUGGAUGUUGGGCUUUGGACUUUGCUGAUGAGCAUCCGGAGUCCGAGGUUAUUGGCGUUGAUCUGAGCCCGAUUCAACCCUCCUUCGUACCGCCGAAUGUGACGUUUUACGUCGAUGAUAUAGAGGCGGAGUGGACAUUCAGCCAGCCUUUCGACUUCAUCUACAUGCGCAUGCUCUCGGCAUCCAUCGCUGACUGGCCCAAGCUGAUUGACCAGGUAUACAACAAACUGUCACCCGGCGGCUGGGUUGAGUUCCUAGACCCCAUCUACCCUGUGGACUGCGACGACGGAACGCUUCCCAAGGACGGGGCGCUGUACAAGUGGUCGCUCCUCCUCAACGAGGCGGCGACAAAGCUUGGGAGUUCGCUCGACUCGGGUCUCACGUACAAGCAGUUGCUCCUGGAUAGGGGCUUCAGCAACGUGCACCAGGUCACGUACAAAUGGCCCAUCAGCGACUGGGCGGCGGACCCGAAGCAUAAGAAGAUUGGGCUCUACACCCACGAGAACAUUAUGCAGGGUCUUCAGGCGCUCAGCUUGGCUCUGUACACCAGGGCUCUCAACUGGACCGCCGAGGAGCUUGAGGUUUUCCUGGUCGACGUGAGAAGGGACUUGAAGAACCGGAAUAUCCAUGCGUAUUGGAGAAUAGUUGUGACAUAUGGCCAGAGACCCUGAGUGACUUUGUUGAAUUGAAGCAAGAAGUCAUGUCGAUGACGAUGAGAUGGCUCGAAUCGUACAUUGUAGCAAAGGGCACAAAUGAGCUGCUGGAUGGAGUCUAAACUAUCUAGGUACUUGAGAACAGAGAAUGUCAACCCAAGUGUAAGCCCACAUUUUAAGUCGAGUGACCUCGGUCCGGACGAUCGGCCCAGUGCAUCAACGCCGAGUGCAGUCUGCAGAUACGAGGUGUCACUUUACGGGGACCAUAAGGCGGCUAUGAGAUUGUUGAAAGACCAGCGGAUCCAUAUUUUCUCUUGCAGACAACGAUUAUAUUGUUCCUUGGGAUGAGCCUGCGGCCCCAACGGUGAUCGCUUGCGGGCCGCCGACCCUCUUUCAGACCCCAAACGGCCCCUUGGCCUUUUCCAAGGCGGGAUGACGCGAAGUGGCCAACACUUUUGUUUUCCUUGCAGAUUUUCCUGUGGAGCUGUCUUAAGCAACAAGAAUGGGUUCCUUCCCUUGUCUGCCAGUUCGCAAAUAGGGAAUUUCUGCCUGGAGAACCACCAACAGCAAUCGCCCAACCAAAGUCCUCUGGGGAUAGGAGUUCAGAUGUAAUCCUUGUCUGUGAGCCAUUACUUGCUGUCGACCUGCAUCCCGUGAUCAACUAUAAUACUACUAAAGUAGAAGCUAGC